AUGGGUGAUGAAGCUCUCCAAAGCAGCUUCUCAUUCAAGCAGCGGAGGCUCCUCACCAAGCGCGGGUGCUGGCUGGGUCGCACCGUCAGGCGGUGGUGCCAGGUGGAGAGAGAUGAGCUGGUGUACUAUGCAAGCAGAGAGGCCACAGUGCCAAGAGGAAGGGUUGCCCUCACGGAAUGUGCACUCGGUCGAGAGCAUGAUCAAUUUGAGGCAUGGCCGAAGGCACAGGCUCCCAUCUCCAAGACGCUCCAGCUUGCACGGCCGGGCAAGAGUCCCAUUCUCAUCAGUGGCACGUCGUCCGAAGAGAUGGCGGCAUUCGCUGCAUUCAUACUCAGCCACAAGAAGAAGCAGUCGCAGCCCGUGGCAGAAGCCUUGCCUGACUUGCCUGCUUCCCCGACGAUGCCAGAGAUACCUCCGAUAGGUCCUCAAUUCAUGCCAUACGUUCGAAGUCGCGAGCCUGAGACAACCUUGGCGCGAAUUGCAUCCCGAACAUCAGAGUGGUCUGCUCCGGUUCCAGAGGAGCUCGCAGACCGCACCGACACCUCACCAGGAAGCAGCAGCUCAACAUCAAAGGUCAGGCAGUCUCAAGCAUCUGUUUUUCAUGAAGUGGUGCACGGACUGGGUCCGAAGCUCGCUUACAGAAAGGCCAUGGAACUAAUGUGGAACUACGACUUGGAAGCAGCUUGCGUUCUCUUGGACCCCUGGAGAUCCUCGCUUCUCUGGCAUGCUGCAGCUUAUGCUGAGUGCUCGCUGUUGCGAACGAUUCUUACAGGCCGGAAAAGCGAUGCAAUCACAACUCUGGAGCUGAUAAAGGCAGCAGAGUUGCUGCGAGACAGCCCCUCUUCGCUUUCGCACGACAUUUUCACCGCGGAGAUUUUACUGAUGCGGAGCUUGCUGCAAGUCAUGCUGGGGCAGCGCUUGCGGGCUUUGUACAACUUGCGACAGUCCUGGUAUGCAUACUAUCGCUUGGAACAGUUUCUGGAAAGUGACGCAGACCUUCGGGCUUGUGCCCGGGACGUUGACUGUGUCAUGACGUACGAGGACCUGAGAGGCCGUGUUCUGUUUGGUUUGGGCUUCUUCUACAUGGCCACUUCAUUGAUUCCCACCAGUCUGGUGCCGCUGAUUCGCCUGGCCGGCUUCGUCAUGCACCGUCAGCGGGGCAAGGUGUACCUCUUCGAGUGUGUCGAACGUGCGCUUGGCACUCGGUCGGCUCCUGCAGCCAUCCUGCUGGCAAUGUACCAUCUGGACUUGGAGCCCGCGCGACAAGUAUUUUACGGCCGGGUGAAGAGCUAUAACUUCACACGAGGCUUUGGCUUCUUGGAAGCCCCAUCAGUUCAAGCGCUGUAUGGCCGCGACGUUUUUAUGCGAAACGAAGCCGUGGAAGAGUUGACGCUAAGCCGUAUAGCAAGCGGCUCCGGCCCAGAUGCAGCAAAGGAUCGGGGAGAGAUGUUUGUACAGUUUUUCGUGAAGCUGAACGAGGCAGGGAAGCCGGAGGCGGAGGAUGUUCGAGAAGCAAGGGUCGAGGACUUGCCGCAGGAGUUGCUGCAAUUGCCGCAGUCACAACGGAUGUCCGGCUACCCUCAAAGCUGUCGGGAGAAAGAUUGUAAGGAAGAGUCCAAAGCCAAAGCCAAGGCUUCCAAGGACGCCUUGAAUAAGGGGAAGAAGAACAGGGGCAAGGGCACCAGGGAAGGAGAUCUCGAGUUGGAUGCUGAUUGCAGGAUUCGCGUGGGCCGCGAUGCAGCCGAGAAUUGGGACAUUUUAGAAGCUGCCAAAAAGAAGCAUUGGUUCUUCCAUCUCACAGAUUUUUCUUCGUGUUAUGUCAUCCUCGAGUGCAGCAGCGAGCCCUCUCCGGAAGAGAAGCAACAAUGCGCGAAGGUUUGCCGUGAGCACUCGCAGAAAAGCCAACGUGCUGGUCCAAUUAAGGUCGAUGCGACGCCAUGUGGCAAUGUCAAGUUUGACCGGAGGCGUGAUGCGGUCGGAGAAUGUGAAUACAAAGAUGAAUCGAAAGUCGAAGUUCUGAUCGUGGAAUGCGCCGAUUUUGGGAGCGCUCCCAGACCCGUGAUGCGGCCUGUUGCGAUCCCUGACAUGAAGCACGCCGGCAACAUACUGAUUGCAAGCCUGGGUCGGCAACCGGAGAAUGCACUUCUGCAUUGGGCAGGCUCUCUUCUGGCCUGGCGCAACACCUUCAUGGCGCAGGCCGUGUCCAUCACCAGCAAGGCGCUCUGGUGCUGUGGAGAGGAGCUGGGAGAAAAAGCGGUGUAUCUCAGGUAUGAGUUGGGCAUGUUCCACUUCAUUGCCAUGGAAUGGUCAAAAGCCCACGAACACUUCAGCUGCGUGUACAACUCUGUGAACUCCGACAAGGUCUUCUUCCCUUACCGCUCCCUUGUCACCACCCAGUUGGCAGCUGUUGCCUUCAGCAUGGGUCAGAAUGAGCUGGGGGAAAGUUUGUGCAAGGAGUGUGCUGCGAUGCAGGACUGGAGUACGCUCUUGAAGCUCGAAUCCGACUUUGCACGAAUUCUACAGAUCUUCCUUCGGCGGAGACAAUGGCGGCGUCUGCUGGCCUUCGAAGUGAUGUACUUCCUGCGCCAAUUCCCGAAGGUUCCUGGCCACAUGCUGCUAGCCCUGAAAGAAAGUGUGCGGAAGGCGACCAAGCCGGUUGAUGAAGACGCUGAGUGGCUGUCGGAAGGCGAGAACAGCGACAGCUGCAUCGUGGAGAUGGCCAGUGCGCUUACCAUCCAAGUCGUUAUUUGCUUCUACCUUGGCGAUGCUGAAGCUGCAAUGGUCUUCAUUCCAGACUUGUCGCAGCUGUGCCCUCGAUUGCCUGGUUGGGCGACGUAUCUUUCAGCCCACGGCUUGUAUUGGUGCGGUCGCAUCCUGGCACUCACCGGCAGGGACGUUGAUGCGCAAACUUGUUUCCAGCAAGCAAAGUCGUACAAGAAGUAUCCCUUCAACAUCUCCGUAAAGAUAUCGAAGGUACUGGCAGAGCAUGAGGAGCAAAUGGCGCAGCAAGAGGAGCUGACGUUUGCAUCUGCCACUCCCGUCGCGGGCUGCAAUUUGGUGGAGGUUGGCAAGGAGCAUCCCGCCCGAACACCCACACCGACCGAGAAGGAGACGACUGUGGUCGAAGAGUUGACCAAGCAGGUAUGCUCGCUCCUUCUGAACCAGAGAUAUCGGGUAUAUCUCCACGCUUUCACCAUGUUGCUGGUCGAACUUCAGACCUGCCCUUCCUGGACGUUUUGGCUCGAGGGCCAUCCUACAUCGAUGGCACAGAAUCAACAGCAGAUGAUGUAUUACUAUGCCGUGGCACCCGUCCAGCCAGGGCACGCGGUGCAAAAUGAUGGUUCGAACAUGAACCAAGGGCAGAUGCAAGGCUACGAUCACCAGAUGCAGAACUUUAACAUGGGAAGCGACCAUGGUGGAUAUACUUACGUCAUGAACCAAGACGUUUCGCAAAUGGGCGUAAAUGUACAGCAACAAAUGGCCCAGAUGCAGCCUACUAUGAUGGCGCCUGGCAACGGGUGCAUGCAGCAAAUGGUCCUUGUGCCUAUCAUGCCCGACCAGCAGCAGCCCCAACAGGGGAUGCAAAUGAUGGAUCCGAGCAGCGGAUGUCAGGGGUGCCAGGCAUGUCAGCAGGGAUGCCAGGGAUGCCAGGCUGGCCAAGCCCCGGCUCCUGCUUGGGGCCAGGCCAACAUGGCCCAGUGUUGCAACGGCUGUGGUCAUGGCGGGCACAUGCCAGAUGCCCAGCGAGGCCAUCAGGCAAUGCAGCAGCUGCCGCAUUCCAGACCUCACGAGGAUCGCCCACGUGAAGCAGGGCCGACCCAAGGGCCUACAGCUUUCGAUGGUAGCAUGCAGACGGCUUCCAUGCAAGCCCCAGGCCCAGCAGGCCCAGCAGGUCCAACAGGUCCAACAGGUCCAACAGGUCCAACAGGUCCUGCAGGUCCUGCAGGUCCUGCAGCGCCUCAAGCAGCAGGCCCUGCAGCAGCAGCACCAGCUGCUGGAAAGAAGAAGCUUUUGAACAAGAAGAUCGAUAAGACUGCCCCGGCCCCCGCCCCAGCCGCGGCCGGUACAGCCGCCCCGGCUGGUGGUGCAGGCACGGCCACGGCAUCCAGCUCCCAGACAUCCACAGCUCCUACCCCAGCAGAGAGGCCAAAAGCUUCACCAGCUUCGGACACGACACCCGCACCAAGCGCACCCCGUGAGUCUGGAACCGGAACCACGGCUGCAGCCCCUGUGCAGCGUUACCAACCCACGCCAAUGCCAGCCAAGGCAAGUCAACUGUCGGUCCAUCAGUUUGCCUCAUCAAUCAAAGCCUUGAACCUUGAGCCCAUGCGAACGGCAUCGGCCGCCAAGAAGAAUCAAAACCAUAGGGAAGUGUAUUUCGACUCGGCCGCGGCCAGGUUGCCCGAACCCCCAGCACAGCAAGAGGCCCAACCAACCCAAACACCGCAACAGCCACCAGCUCCCAUAGCAGCGAAUCCUGUUUCUCCACAGCCAUCACCUUCUCCGACACAGCCAGUGCAGCCAGGCAGCCUUUUGAUUUUCAUGGUUGUUGGAGGAUCAGGAAGGAUGCCAGAUGGUGAUUUGAGGCAACCCAAAGCAUCUCCGCCACCGGCGGCAUCUCCACCUCCUCUAAAGAAAGGCUUCAAGCUCGAGAACAAGAAGCUACCCGUGAAGGCGAAGCAAAGUGAUGACGUUGAAGCAAAAUCCGACCCUCCUAAGGAGACGAUCAAGGAUGCACCGCCUGCGGUUGUGAAGGAGUCGGUGUUGAUGCAAGCAGAGGCUAUAGCUCUGGAGCCUGCUGGGGCCUCUCAUGUAGCUCAGCUGAACAACUUCUAG